AUGUUCGGGGCCUUCAGACCGACACAAACAAAUCUCGUGGGCCUCUUGUGGAAGACCCCAUGGAAGCUGUCACGCACACGGAAGGCCAAUGUUCGUGCUCGUCUGAAGCAGGUGGACUCAGUCAUUGAGGCGGUCAGAGCGAGCGGAGUUCAGUGCAAAGCCUUGGACCAGGCCUUAGAGCUGCCAAAGGAGCAUGAGAUGCCACCACGAGACAAAUACACUGUCUUCUCAAGACACACCAAGGGUUACAGGAAGGGUAUUCACAAAGUGCCCAAGUGGACAAGACUGACCUUGAGGACAAACCCCAAGGGGUUCUGA